AUCUCAGCCUGUGUUGGUCAUACUGUGCCUUGUGCCUAAUAGAAAAGUGUCUUCUCAUAAGCAUGACUUCGAGAAGAAUAUCUGUGUUUUCGUUGGCGACGCUCAUCAUCAUGGCAGGCGUCGUCAGGCCUGAAGACGACGUUAAAAUAAAUAUAAGUGGCAACGAUUCUGUCGCCUCAGGACUCCGGUUUUUCGUAAGGUUGUAUGACGAUUGCAGUAAAAAGGACGGUCUAUCACCGUGUUUAAAAAUGAAGGCGAUUACAUUUCUUGAUCGUGCGAUGAGGACUCUAGAAAUUCCACUGACGGAGUCGCUGGUUCUUGUUCAGACUGGUGCAGCUACAGAGAAAAGUUCUGUCCCUCGGGACCAGCAGCAGGAACCUGUUGGUAGAUCCCUGACGGAGACAGAACUUGAAGCUUCGUUGCCGGUUGAUAGCUACGAGGCAAAGGAUUUGCAGCUCAAUAAAAUUCUUCUCGACAGGGUUGCGCGUUUCUUCAAUAUUUACAAAGUUCAAAUCGCCUUCCCGAAAAUGGACACUUCAGACUUGAAGAGGAGUCUUGAAGAAGGCCGUGGUAAGAUGAAGAAGAUGAUGGGUAUGAUGAUGAUGGGUUUGGCGAUGAAGACAGCCGCCCUAGUGCCCAUCGCCAUAGGCGGCCUGUUCCUCCUUGCCGGCAAGGCCCUCAUCAUCAGCAAAAUAGCUCUGGUACUGUCACUCAUAAUCGCCCUGAAGAAGCUGCUGUCUCAGAAGCAAGGUGGCGGUGGGGGCCACCAUCACGACUCCCACCACGGAUGGCAGCCCAGUGGCGGCGGCGGCGGUGGCGGCUGGGACAGACGCUCACUGGAUGAUGACGUCGCGGCCCAAAACCUUGCAUACCGCGGACAGAUUUCCACGCAACAAUGACGCAACCCCACACUUCGUUUUUAUUUAAUUUAUAAUAUUAAUUUAUUGAAUCAUCCAACAUAUCUAUUUAUAUUAAAAUCAACUUGAUCAUUUUUUCACCCAAAACAAUAGAUACUCCAUGUAUAUAUUAUGAUAGUUUCUGGGUUAUAAGUUGAGCACAUAUUUUAGAAGCAAAGUUUUCAGAUAAUAACCUGUUAUACCUUCGUACUAGAAGAUACACGCAGAUUUCAGACACCAUUUUCAAGGAAAAAUUGUGUCUUAUAAACGUAAAUUCGUCAGUGUGCUUAACUAAUUAAGCACUAAGCCACGAAGACGUAAGGAGGAGCAGGUGUAUAGAUAAAUGUUUUCUGGACCGCCGUAUUCGUUAGAGGCGAAUGGUCAGCUUCACGCCCCGGCCGCUUUACCCCCGGUAUCCA